AUCUCUGGAAACGCGAUGUCCAAAUGCUGCAGCUGCAUCGGUGGCUAUACCACGGACACUUAUCAGCCGCUGAGCUCGCACAUCUCUCGUGGCAGUGUCAAGCUUCCCAAAGAUACCAGGGAUGCUUUCAGAAGCCCGAGGAAUCAGCAGAGAAAGCUCAGCGUCCGCUACGACGUCGUCAGAUCCGUUGGAUCGGCAAGUGAUCCGUCAACGCCGCAUCGCCAUCUGCCCGGCAGUCUGCGAGGUUCCUUAAACUAUUCUCAGAACCAUCGGCAUAACCAUCUCCACAGACAUGAUCCAGCACUGCCACCCGCCUACUGUACACCACCUCCGCCAUCGUCCUCGAGUUACCUCACAGUGCAGCGUGGCUGUGCCCUGCAUUCAAGGCUCGACCAGCCGGUGACCAGCUCGACGUCCGGAAUGGACAGCAAAAAGGUUGUCCAGGCGGCGCCUCUCCCCGUACCUGUCCAGGUGCGUAGCAAGAACGAUGGCUCGGGGGUGGCAGCUUCCGUAUCGGGUGUUCGCAGACGAAGCGGGUCCCAGGGUUUACGAUCGCCCGCCGCAAAGAGGCCACUCUCCGCCCCUGUCGCCCUUCAGGGCUGGCUACACAAACAGGGCUCCGAGGGUCUCAUGCUCUGGAAGAAACGGUGGUUCGUCCUCUCCGAGUACUGCCUCUUUUAUUACAAAGGUCCAGAAGAGGAGAAAUUGUUGGGAUCGAUAUUGUUGCCGUCGUACAAGGUCACCGUUUGCAAGCCCGAGGAUAAAGUUAACAGAAAAUUCGCUUUUAAAGCCGAACACGCGAAUAUGAGGACGUACCACUUCGCAGCGGAUAGUUUCGAGAGCAUGAAUCAAUGGGUGAACGCGCUAACUCUAGCGACUCUCCUUCAGGAUCCGAACCCCGGUGCCGGCGAAGCAGCGGUGAUGAUCGAAAUAGCGGGUCAGCAAGACGGCGAGCGAAGCGCGAGGCCAAGCGUGUCCUCGAUAUCCUCGAUCCUGAAUCACAGCGCGGACGACAGCGACUCGGGUUUCCACGGUUUCCAGUCUCGAGAUGAUCCUAGCCACGCGUCCAACAACAAUUCCAGUCCAAAUAGCGUUAACACUGCCUCCUUCCCGAAUCUCAGUGGCAGCAACAGCAACAGUACCGCCAAUAACAAUAACAACAAUACCAAUAACAAUAUCCUGAUAACCUCCAACAACAAUAACGCGAACGAAAUUCAACCUAUGGUGAACGGUUGGAUCCAACAGCAAACGCCGUACAUCCAAGCAAGCACGUCGCAGCAACAGCAACAAUACGGUCAAUUGAUGCCGUCGCCUCAGCAGUUGCAGCAAACGCAUCCUCACCAGGCGAUGUUGCAUCAACACGUUUCCCAUCAGAACGCGCAAUCGGGUCAUCAGGUUCACCAACACAAGCACGUCGUCCAGCAGCAGCAGCAGAGUCAGCCGCAUUUGGCCAGCAACGUUCAGACUGUCCAACCGAUGCCCAGGAAGUUCGGACAACCGAUUUACGCGAACGCCCCUCCGAAACCCCGAAGACUGACCGAUGGCUCGACCGAGUACUCGACGCCGUCCCCUGACCCCGACUACAGGAAGUCGCCAGUGUCUCCGGACGUAACGGUGACCAGCAAGAGUCCGAUGUCGGACUACGACAGGAACAGCAUGAUCUACGGGACGAGGAUGAGUCAACCUUCUCAGCAGAGUCUGAGAACGGACAAGUCGGGCUUGAAUUAUGGCUACACCGGGCAAGCGCAGACCGAGAGGCGCACACCGGACACCUACGGACGCAGCGCGGUGAAACCGAGAUCGAACAGAGGAAACGGAGACUACGAGGAAGUUUAUGGCGCCCCUCAACUUUACCAGAGGCCGGCUGGUCCUGUUGGAUAUACCAAAGGAGCUUCACCGGCUCCUAUACCGAUUCCUCUCUACGCUCAGCAACACCAACAGUACCAGCAGCAGAUUCAUUCUCCUGUCGCGGCCGCUAACGUGCCAAUAAUGAGACAACCGAGAGCGCAACCACCACCGCGGCCGCACAGCGCGGACUUUUUGGAAUACGAGGCGAACAGGAAGCCGCAACAACAGCUGCCGCCUCAAUGCGAAGAAUCGCUGAAUCAACAAAGGCGCCCACAGAGGCCUAAAUCGAGUUUAGACAUUGUCACUCCGUCGGAAGCUGCUAACGAUGGAUAUUUCUAUUCCGAGGAAAGAUACGCGGCACAGAUGCGGCAGUCGGCGGUCUACCUCCAUCAGACGCCGCAGCAUCACCAGCAACAAAGGAACCAAUCACUUUCCCGGGCGACAAUGCCGGCGAAAGCAACGGGAAUUCGCGAUGGCAGAAGCGACGACGGUAGAAUAGCUACGUUACCGGAAGCUUCCUGCACAGGAGCGAGGCGAGGGCAACGCGAACACGUUCAUCAGCAGCACGUGAUGCCGCAUCAAUCGCUCCAGAGGCAUACCGAACUGAACAGCAACGAGGCAAAACUGAGGAGAUCGUUGCGGGAAAAGAGCUACGAAUCGAGUAGUCGGGAAUUGCUGACUCACGUGGAGGACGGAACGGUGCCUCGUCGAAUUCCACGGGAUUACGAGUCGUCGAUAGGGUGGGGUAGACCGACGACGAGUCACACGAGUCAGGGGACUCACGUGGGCCAAGCGUGUCACGCUCCUCACGCCGCUGCCAGACGAUGGAACGAGCAGCAACAGUUCUGCAGGUCGGCGUCCGCGAGGCUUCCGAGGACGCGACAUCCGGCAGCCUUGGACCCCGACGACGACGACUACGGCGAACGAUCUUCCGAGCAGGACUCGAGGGAUGGUGAACGCAAGAUACAACAGCGAGAAGAGUCGAUGAAGCGGUUGCUGGAAUGGAAGCAGCGGAUGCUGCAGUCGCCUCUGACCCGGAAGCCAUCCGGUUCUGCAAACAGAGGCAGGGUGCAGAACGAGCUGUCGAGCUAUUACAAGCAGCAAGCGUUGCUGGAGCUGGCUGCCCACGAGGCAUCGGUGGCCGAGAGUCGUCACUCGCGAAGAAGAGAGGAUGGACAUCGCCCGCACGCUCGAAGCAAAAGCACCGACGGCCGUCGAACUGUCGCCAACGUUUCUCGAUACAACAGCUACUCCAGCGACGACGAAGAGCUGGGAGAUGUCCGGAGGAAGCGCACGCGCAGACCCUCGCAUGCAGGAAGGAGCCCCCGGCAGCUCGGAGACAAUCGUUCGUCGGGGAUCCCGAUUCAGGACUCGGUUCCUGGAAGCGGCCUUCAGAAUCAGAACGUCCUCCGAGGUUCGAACGACCAUCGAACGAGUCCCACCGCUUCCAUGCUGACGAAUCUGGGCGGGAUUCCACCCGACGCUGGCUACGAGGAAAUCAGCUUCUCGUCCGGCCAGAGAACCGAGCGUGCCCCGUCUUAUCUUCCUCCGGAAGCGCAAAGGUCCAUCGGGAGACGCGACCAGCAAGAACUGGAAGCUUCUUUCGAAGAAGACAAGUACAAGAGGAAACCUUCCGGCAUCCUGAAAAACUCUGCUGUGUAUGGCGCCGAACAAGUCAACAAAAGUCCAAACUCGUCGAACAGUUACCCAGCCGAGUCUUGGUCCUCUUCGAAAACCGUUCAAUGGACCGCGAAGAAGGAACGAGACGAUUGGGAUUGCAACAUCGACGAGAGCAAGGUCAUCAAGGAGUUCUCGUAUCAGUACAUUAAACCCAAGGAAGAGGCGGAAUCUUCGGAAGAGAGGUCUCCGGUUAAACCGGAGACGAUGAACCUCGUACAAUGCCGGAUCAGGUCGUUCGAGUCGAACAUGGACAACUCUAGCCCGGUGAAGGAGGUGCUAGCUAUGCAAGAACCGUUAAAAGUGUCGCCGCUUCAAGCAACCGAAGCUCACGUCUCGAAGUUGGAUUGCUCGAAGAAGACGUCGUCGAUCAUUCGUAAUUUCGCGCUAGGCGAGUCCGAGUCUCAGGAUUCCAAGUACAGAAACGCGAAAGAGGGUCACGCGAAACAGGCGUCCACGGACAGCAACAAGUCGGUGAAGGACCUGCUGGCGGACUUCGAGAGGAAAUCUCAGCAAGUUCAAAGACAAGAAUACGGCAGACGUCAGGAAGUGAAACACCGCGGAGUGUUCAGCGAUUCGGAGGCCCUGCUUUACGACACGGGAAGCGACUUGGAUCAACGAGAGAAAAACGAGGAUGCAGGGAACGAGAGAGACGUCAAGGCGGAUCAAGUUGUACCUGAGCCUAUCGACGACUACAAGUGUUACACCGAGGCGGCCAAGAAGAAAGGGGACGUGUCCUUCCGACGAAAAAAGAGAUCACCUUCCAAGGAGAGCAUGACCGAUCAGAACAUUCCUAGCGAAGAUCUGGAUAACGUAUCUAAUCCUAGUUGCAACAGGCUAAGCGUGACGGAAUCAUUAUUGACUCAUGGCGAUCGUUUCUCGGGGGAGAGUCGAACCACCAGUCCCACGGUGAAGCAAGAAGACGUCAAUCCGGAAGAGCAUUACCUUCCGAUGUCGCCUAGAAAAGCUAUAUUGGACCCCAACUGCGACGAUCGACCGAAUCCGAACAUGAUGGAAAGCUUGUUCGCCAAUUUUGAACACGAAGAGAGCUCGUACGUGGAGAUGGCUCAGAACGGUAUGACGCAUUCUCUACUAGCACCUACCGAAGAGAACAGGAAACACGAUUCUGGCGAUUAUUCCACCUUGGACACGCCUCACUACGAGUUCGUUUGCGUUUCCGAUAGCAAGAUGGAACCCGUUUACAUGGAAGUGAGUCAGCUGCCGGAAAAGGAAGAAAAAGAUUGUAAGAUGUCGAAGAAGAGGAAUCACGACGACGGCAGUCACUCGAGAACGGAUCUUCCCGACAUUUUAACGACCCUGAAGUCCGAUAGUUCCGACGCCGACGACGAGUCGUCGAAGGAUCUCGACUCGAUCGAUGCUCCGCGACAUCCUCGGUUCAGCUUGUCGGACACCUUCAGGCCCGCUUCUUAUUAUUUGGGCGCAAGUCGAACGAUGAUAGCGGAAUUGCACGACUCGUCCGACAGCGAACUGGUGUCUCCGCCACCGAUCCCAACUUCUCCUCCGCCGCUGGACGAUUUGGACUCUCUGGAUAUGCAAGAAUCCCUGGAGAUCAAGAAGGUGUCUCCUCAGGUUGCGGUAAUGAAAGACAACGGUUCCAACAGGGACUCUCCGAAGUCGUGGAACAAACCGAUGGGUCAGGUUGAAACCCACAGACCGCCGUCGAGAUUCUCAGACGCCACCAUCAGUUCUACUUUCAGGGACAGUCGAAUCUCCUUGGAGAGCGCAUCCGGAAGCGACUCCGUGGAGCUAAGAACACCGGAGGAGGAAGCCAGACAUAGGCAGCUAAAAACUAGACCCGUUAGCGAAGUUUGCGAAGUUCUGGACAGUUUGGACGAAUUAGAGUCUCUUGGGAGUCGUUUCGACGGGGCUAGCAUCGACUUGGAUCAGUACUUGGAGGAGCUGCAGGCACGCGACGCUUUCAACGUCGAUCUGUACGCGAAGGAUCUCAGCUACAACAGCAUCUACGGCUUCAACGAGAACAUGCUGGUGGUGGAUAAGCUUCACAAGUCCACGUGUCACGAUCUGUCGGGGCAGACGAACCUAGGUUUCAACAAUCUCGAACAAUCUCUGAGAUACGGAGCCGGGAACAAGAUGGGAUCGGCCAGCAGUUUGCCUUCCAUGAGAGUCUCCGACGUUGUCCCACCCUCUCAUCAGCAUUCGCAGUCUUUCACCGGCGACGCUCAUUACGAGAACAUUUCCAGCUUUUCUCCGCUCAGAGGCUCGCCGGCGAUUCGAUCCGACAACGAACACACGCGAGACGUUGGUCACCGGCUUCAGAGAGGAUCGCAGAACAAUUUGCUGACUGCCUCUCACAGCAGAGAUUCCAGCUAUUCGAUUUCCACCUCUAUGGCUUGCCAAAGACCCGCCAGUGCACAGUCCUCCAUGCACUCGCCCACGGGAUCCAUCUCUUUAGGAAAUCACGGUAACAACCUGGCAGCCGGCGUGCUGCAGAACACCAGUCCUUACUCCGAUCAACGCUUCCAGAGUCACUCCAGGUCGGCCAGUCAGGACUCUGCUCGAUAUUCCAUGAUAUCGAAUCACAGGUCCUCUUCGAGCCAGGACUCGAGCCAUUAUCCCACCUCGACUCCCACUGUCAAAACGAAUCACGCUUCGCCGUCCUACUUACCGAGCGAAACGCGAGCUCAGAGCGAACAGUCUGGCGCGCCCUAUUACUACUCGGACCUACAAGCCAGCGUGAACGCGGUCGAUACCGAAUCGAGCAAGCCGCACGCUUCCAGGCUGCCCCAGUUGAACAAUCAAAGGGACGACGCUUCGGCGUUGAACAAAAAGAACGAUAUAGGUCGCAUCGUGAAUCCCAUAUCGAGGCAGAUGCCUAGGCAGAUACAGGUAGACGACAUCGACGAGGCCAGGCGCAUAGCUGCCGAACUGAGGAAAACCACGUGCCAGCUAUUGGGUGACAACAAGGUCGAUCUAGUGGACAAGAAGAACUUCUACGAAGCGGACACUCUUAGAAGGGUCAAGUCCACGGAUCCCCUUCCGGAUAUUUCAUCGGCGGAGAUCAGCACCAGAAAUCUAUAUCCCCACGGGCUUCGAGACAAAUCGAACAGUCAAGCGAGCAAUCGGGACUCGUUCGAGCUGACUCAUGGAACGCAGACGUCGCAUCGCAGAUCCAGGUCUCUGGAGGGUCUUUUGGACGACAUGGGUCUUCAGAAUCUGGUGGAGCAGAGGAACCGAAGCAACCGGGCGACGACCGUUCAGCCCACUCAAGUGGACGAAAUGCCGCAGAGUACGAGCACCGAUAACGUCUCGACGUCGAACGGUAACUUUGGCGCCGAGGACCCCUGGGAACAGGACUCCCUCUGGAGGGAAAGUCUUCGAAGAGUGAGCCUGAGGAACGCCCGGUCCCUGGACAACCUGGAUAGUCCGGCAAGAGCCACGGUGUCCGGCUCGGACACGAAGAGUCGAAAUAAAGUGACUCGCGGCGCCACUUACGUGAACGACAGCGUGAUCUCGAGGAGAGAGAACUACGCGGAGGAGUCGUCGGAGAGACCUCGCGUGAAACGCAGAGCGAACAAGGAACAGGACAGACUGGUCGACGAUCUGACAUACGAGAGCCUCUCGAUGGAUCGCAUUCACGCCGGUGGCUACGUGUGGGACGCCCAGAACGAGGCUUACAGGAAGGCGACUGACGAGGACAGGAAUCAUUUUUUAGAGGAAGGCAACCUUCCCCCGGUUCGCUCGAUCUCGGAGGGCCAGGUGUCAGCCACGACGUCCGCGGCGUUCGAGCUGGACCGAGAGAAACUACGGCAAUGGGACCUGCUGUCGAGCGCCUGCUUGCUCCAGGAACAGCAGCGCGGCUCGAUGGCGGACUCGGGGCGAGGGUUGCCAACUGCAGAACGACCUGGAGACGUUCUCGAUCCAAGGAACAGCGCCGUCAACGGCCCGUCGACGAUCGCGAGUUCUACGCCGACAAUUGCGCCUGCGGCCAACGAUCCAGAUGUCGGUUUAAAGGCGUUGGUCAACGGACCGCGGAAUGUUUCGACAGCGACCACGACGAAGAGGGGUCAGGAGCCGAACGAGACCAAGGAGGCUCGUUGUAACAGGGCCGCUGCAGCGUCCGGAUCAGGAUCAGUGAUUGGCAGGGAUCCGCUUCCACCGAGAGCCGUCAGCACGUCGCAGUUGGUUCAGAGAACACAAACGCAACCACCGACCACGGUGUCCACCCUCCCAUUGUCAAGAAAUAACGCUUCGCACAGACAACCGUUGCCUCUUCAACAAUCCACCCCUCAAUCAGUCAGACAAUCGGAGAACGAUAUGGCUGUAAAUUCGCAACUCUUGCGAGCAGCCAGCAGCGGCGAUAUUGGAACCAAUUCUAUGAUGAUAAACAGCAACGAAGGAAAAGAUCUGAGGUUAACGUCUCCCGGGGGUCAUUCCACUCAACGAUUGAUCAGUCCAGCAGGAGCCUUAAGGGUUGUUUCUUUGAACGACCAUCGAGUUUCCAGUCCUAGUGACAGCGAUAUACGAAUUCAUAGUCCAAUUGAAAGGAACAUGGUCAGCCCGAUCGGUAGGGAAGUGGAUCGUGGCGGGGGUACAGCUGCGAGGCAGAAUCAACGUGUAUGGGAGUGCAACGAAUUGCUGCAUAAAAGGAGCAACGUCAGCGGCUGCAAACUGGCGCAACCCGGAACUCACGGACUGGUUCGCGUAUCCGCCGGCGAACUACUCGGCAGGACCCACGAGGAGCUGGUGCUCCUGCUGAUCCAGCUGCGACGGCAAAACGCCACCAUCUACAAAGCGAUGGAGACCUGCCACAUGGAGAUCGAGGCACAGGCUAGAUUGGCAGAGCUCGAUACGCCGCGACGAUUGGAGAAUCUUCAGAAACUCGAGGAGCUGAAGAAACACCUGAUGGAUCUUGAAAAGCAGUACGAAAAGGGCAAGCCGUUGGUGAACCUCGUGGACAACAUGGUGAAGUUGGGUUCCCUGUAUAAUCGCAACACUGCCAAUGGGACCAGCAGUGUAUCGGGUUCGCGACACGACCUGGCACACGACAACUCCAGGGAUCAUCGCUUGGAAUUUAAUCAGAAGGUGCAAGAACAACGUCUUCUGGCCGAGGAACGGAGGGACUGGGAUCGACUGAGUCCUGAUCAUGGACAACUUCAGGCCAAGGUGCAGCAGCUCUACAAACUGGAUCGUCUGCUGCAAGAGGAAUCCGGAACACUUCAUAGUCUUCAGCAAGACAAGGAGAUUCUGGAGAAGGCUCUGGGCGGCCUACGACACAAGCUACAGGGCAGCAGGAGUAAUCUGGCGGAAGCUGAGAGGUACAGGAAACAGCAGCUCCUAUUGGAGAGAGAACUGAGCAGAGUGAGGGUGUUGCUCGCGCACAAUUCCAAGAAACUCGAGGAAACGGUGGCGGAGAACGCUAGAUUGGAACAGGAUCUGGUUGUGUUGCGGCAGAAGCUUCAAGCAUCGAGAAGGUAUGCCGGAAACAUGACUAGAGACACAUCGGCCACUACUGGUCCUCUAGAAGUGGAAUUAAGAAGGGUCCAGCAGCUAGUCGGUGAUCUUCAGAGGCAACGAAAAGAACUGAGCGUUCAAGUCAGACAACUGACGGAAAAGUCUCACAGUUUGGUGCAACAGAUUCGGCCUCAACCUUCUUCAGCACCUCAAGUGCAUCAGCCUAAAAAACGAACGCAAAAUUCCUGGUUGGAAACCGAUCUCGAUUCCGGGAUAACAUUGGAUCACGGUUUGGAUUCCCCGUCGAGUCCGGCACUGUCCUCUUCGCCUCGUGGCAAACAGAACGGUGGACCGUAUUUGCAUUUUGGUUCCUCGACGCAGAUUAAAGAUUCGUCGCCAACGAGUCGUCAACAGAACCACCAAACGUUCUCUCAAUCUUCGCAGAACCAUAUUUCGUCUCUGUCUCCGCAAUUAAGGGAACAGAUUCAACAGCAUCAGUUAAAGCAACAACUCCUGAAAGAUCAGAUGCAAGGCAAAGGUAGUUUGAUGCAAGCGAACGUUGCGCCAUUGUAUGUCAACACGGAGUCUAGAAUUCAAGAGAACAACAAGCACGAAGAACAUCUAACUAAUGGCACAGUCAUUCCUCCGCCAGAGUAUAUUCCACCACCCCCACCGCCACCCUUGAAUGAAGAGACGUUGCUAAACGACAAUUACAGGCAAAAUGAGGACAACAAGUUUGCAGGUUUGAUUCACAAUCGCGAGAAACAAGAAAUAAAAACGGUGAGAAUCGUGAAACGGGAAUCGGAAAGACGACAACGAGAUCGAGGGGACAGGACUGGAAACAUUGGAAUUCCAUUAACGAAUGGGCUGCAAGCGCCUGGAGGUGCAAAAAGAUUGUGCGACGACGAUCUAGGAGGUUCUCAGAAGUUCGAGAAAGCUCAAUUAGGAAAGGUCGUAGAAGAGUCUCCGAUGAUUCACGCUCAAAGCACAGUCCAGUUGACGGACUUGGACGACGUGCAGUUCCAAAGGAGCAUGUCCUUACCGAGAGGUUUCGGUGGCCAGCGACAGCAACAACCGGAAAUACAUCAAGCACCGGUGGUACCUCCUCCCAGAAGCGACAGCAUGCACGCUUUAAGAAGCAUGCUUGCUCGGCGAAAUAAAGUCAGAUUCGAAAGUCAGGACGUCAGCUCGGACAGUACGUUGUCCCCGUACACGGACAGCCUCACCUCGAGUUCCCACGUGCCUAUGAGUUCGCCGAACUAUUCGACCAGUCCGUCUUACAGUCCCAGUCAACAGUCUUACCCUGGCCAACCGAUCAGAUCGAAUCAGCAGGCUGCGUAUUAUCCGCAAUACAGACAUUACGAAAACCCGAUGUCAGGAAGAGCGGAGAACUCUGAAGGCCCAGUGAGUCCAGAAUUGUUGAUGCCAAAUAGUCCUAAUGGUCAGGACAGAGCGUUCGGUUCGACAUUGAACGUGAAUGCUUCGAAUUCGCCGCAGUUGUCGCCGGUGUUCAAAAGCGAGGCCGCGAAACAGAUCAUCAAGGAAAUGACGGAGAAAAAGGUCGAGGGACCUAGACGAAGACAAAUUCCGCGCGAGAAAAGACGACACUAUACCGUGUCCAGUAGCAAACCUGUCCUCGACUUAGAAGACACCUUCUCAAAGAUGGGAAUGGGUAGAGCAAGAGAUGAUUUAGAUAUGGAACGAGCGCUCAGGCCGAGGAUUAACGCUCCUGAUGUCGUCAGAUCGACCUUGAGCCACAAGGAAUUGAAAUAUAACGAGAGCACCAUUGAUCAGCUACUGGGGACUCCGAACAAAAUCGUCAUUCCUGAAAGAUAUAUUCCUGAACAGACACCUGAGUUGACUGCUGAAGAACAGGAGCAUCGAUUGAAGAAGGCGGAAGCAAUUAGGAAAAUGCUGUCGGAAACGACCGUCACUGCGCCGGAAGGAAAUGACGAUAACAUUAAUAUAGAGAAAUCGGAUAACUUGAAGAGAAAAGUAGUCGAAGAAAAACGACAGAGAGAUCACAUUCUCCAGUUGAAUCAAAUUCUAGCGAAACAAGUUAUGGAGAAAAGCAAAAUGGUAGCGGUGAAAGCUCUGGCUACACUUCCUUUGAACACCGAAUCGAGCUUAGACGACGAGGAUCUCUCGCCGGUGACACCGCUUCCGCUCUAUCAACAAAGAGAAAAUUAUUAUUCGUAAGAAGAUGUAGCUCAAAGUCCUACGGACACUGCUAUCGUAAAAAAGAAACAACAAAAUCCUGUUUAGCACAAAAGAAAAACGCUACUGCCAGCCCGGAACAACAGAGAAACAAAAGAUCUUUUUGAAACUUUACAGGUGAUCGCCCGAUAUCUGCGAUCACGGUAACAUUAAAAAUAAGGAAACGGCGUUUUCUUUCCUUCUUUUUCUUUGUCUUUUUAUUUGCAUCGAUAUUGUACAUAAUCAUUGAUUAAAUAAACUGAUAAUAAAUAGUUGUCCUCUAAGUCGACGAUAACGAAUAGUUCAUAAUAAUGGAUGUCGAGCAGAAUUAGGUGAACGAUAUUUAUAAAAGAAAAUAGUAAAUAUCGAGACGAUCAACGGAAAUAAAGAAGCUUUUAACUUUUUUUUAUUACGCUUUCUUCUUUCUAUCGAUUUUAAUUCCCUUGUAGUAGUAAGCACUGUUUCGUUAAAUUAACGAGCGUGAUUUAGCUUAUAUUUACUAUUUUCUGCUUCGAAUUCGUGUGCGAUUGUUGCAUUGGUUACUGAGGCAAAUUUUAAAAACGGAUAAUUAUAAAUAAUUUCACGUCAAGAAAGAACAUAAAGAAUUAAUUUGAAUAAUAUCAGUAUUGCAGCUUUUAUGCUUUCUUUUAACUCUGAAAUGUGUAAAUUUAUAAGGAAUUGAGUUUUUUCUUGACAUUACUCUGUCUUGAUGUUCUUUUCUUUCUUUCGAACAGAAUGCUUCCACCAAUUUCUAUGAGUAGCGAUAAUAAAUAAGUUAAGAUACAGCGAAAGUGCGGUUUAAUUUAGCGACGGACUGUAAUCGAAUUCCUGUAAUUUAGGGAAAAUCAGGUAUAAUAAUAAAAAACAAUCAGAAGUAUGAUUCUCUGCAAGUUGAAUUUGGCCGAGAUUGCGUUCAAUCGUUUUUAUAAAUUAAGGUAAGACGUUUAUAAACUGUUCAUAUAGUUUUCAUCGUUAAAUAAAUUUUACCUUAUUCGUUUAAUUCUUUUACUAAAGCCACUCGGCCAAAUUCAAAGUGUUCUAUUUAUUAUUCGGAAUCGUGUUUCGCAGACUCGUUUUUCUGAAAGACAAAUCUACGUUAAAUUUGUUCGAUUAAAGUUCAGGCACCCUGGAAGUGGAACUUCAAAUAAAAAUAUAUGUAAAACUGUGUCUAAAAUUGAAAAACGGCAAAAGACUUUUCGAUUUAUUUCUGCAACUGUCAUUUGAGACAAGUUUGUAUAUUGCAACGAGUUUAAGAAUCAACGAUCCAGAAACUGAAUAAAGAGCAAAGGAGAAUAUUAGGAAUAAAAUGAAGAAAUAAAGAAUAAAUAUAAUAAUUAAUUAAGGUUGCGUUUACGGUAGGUGCUAUGAACGUGACAUAGUCAAAGACUAAUUGUAAGAUAAUAUACUGUAAAUUGCGAUCAUUAUCGUUGAACUGACUGAAACGAGAACGAUCUUUGCAAAGCGAAACAGUGACCAAAGAUAGUCGAAAUUUCAUCGAGUAUACUUGGAAAACAUCUGUGUGUAUUCGAUGUAACGAUAAUCACCGUUUACAUAAUUAUUGUAUAAGAAUUUUUCACGUUUUAAUAUUACAGAUUUUCUAAGAACGAACACCUGUCUCGAUAAGAAAGAAUUUCUAAAUUAAAAUUUCUUCGUGUCAUCACGUAUUUAUUCGCAUAAAUCAACUUCUAAUCGCGACUAACACGUUAACUGCCAUCGCAUUUAUAUUCACUGUGCCGUGCGUUAAUUACAAUUUGUUAGCUGAUUAUUUUUCAGUUAUUCGUUAUAACCCCGUAAAUAAUUUUCUUGUAGAUAUAGAAAGAACUUUAAAGUUACAAAAGUUAUAAAUAUCGAUAUCUUCCUUCUUCGUUUAUAAAUUUUUUAAUCAAAUUAAAUAGCAGACGGCAUGUUUAUUCUAUUUAACUAUUUUCGAUAUAAAAAUUGCUGAACCAAAGAAUUAAAAUAAAAAUCAUCUCUAUCUUAGUAUCAUUGGUCAUUGUUUACGAUCGCAAAUAUUGCUCCAAUUCAACGCAGUCAAAAGUAUGGAAACGUAUGACGUUUACCUAACCAAUGGGCAUCCUACUCGACACUUUUCUUACGAACAUGUUCAUAACAGAUCCAUACAUUUGACCGACGUUGAGCCACGUAUAAUCUAAGAAACUCGUAACACGUAUAUAUACGCUCUAGAUACGUCCUGUAAUAGUAUACUACAUCGAUGUCAUCGAUGUCUGACUUACAACACUUAACGUUUCGAAGGUCGAUUCUCGUCACCAAUGUAUCAAUUCGAAGAUGAAAAUCGAUCUUGAGAGUGCGUUUAAAUAAAUUCCACGGUUAUGUAUAAGCGUGCGAAAAAGGUUCGACGUCUCUAUUCAAUGGAGAUCGAUAGAACCGAACGUAUCCUGUUAAUAAAGUGCAAGUGCAGCUUAAUUCUUUGAAGCGUCAAUUAAAUUUCGAUGAAUUUUGUACUUGUAAUUCGUUGGGAGAAGAUCUCGAACAUAAACAGUAUUUAAUGAUCGCUUCUUUGCCAACGACUAGCUUUAAAUUUAGAUUACCGAUGGAGUGUAGUAGCGCUGCUAUACCGAGGUGAUAGUAGUAGAGUAUUUCGACUAAAUUUCUGUCAUCACUCUAGUAUAGCAAUGCUAGUAUAUUCGCUGUGAAGUAGACUUUAUUUUAUUGCGGUGCUAUUCAAUUCUGUUCUACCAACGACUAGUAUUACUAUUCCAUCAAAUCAUUUUUCUUUAUCAUUUACGUGAGUUUAGUCAAUAUAUUUCUCCUGUCAGUGCUAGUACAAUCUACCAAUGUAAUCUAUGAUGAAAGAACUAGAAUGAAAACCCUUACGUUUUUCUUAAAAAAUGGGUAGCAUUUAUACCGUCUAUUAACGACAUCGCUUCAAAGAAUUAAAAAGCCUCGCAGCGGUUAAAAAGCGGAUCGCAAUUGAAUGUUUCUAAAAAGAAAUUCAUCUCACGUUCCUUCUUUUCUUUUAUAGUCCAUUUGAAGUGGAAGAGUGCCAAAUUACGCUCAACAGAUCGAUCGCAAACAGCGACACGACUGUUCGUCAAUUAAAAAUCAAGAAAAAACCGGCGAGACUAAUUCACAGCACAAAAACAAUUUAAUUAAGAAUCUUCCACCUUGUUCACUGCGAGAAAGGUAUCUCGUUAAUCACGAUAAUUAAAGGUAGACCACACGUUUCUAUUGUCGAUGACAGGCAUCGACGUUAGGAAUAAUUUUUGUACGAUAUAGUGGCACGAAGUGAAAUCUGUGAAGGAACUUUGAUCGUUUCUCGCGAAGAAGUGGAACAAAAUGAUUUUGUUUCUAUCGAAAAAAAGCCUUUUGCUCGUGAGGAUUGGUCCCUUCGAGAUCCCCGAUCUCUCUCCUUUUCAACGUGAAUCGCGAUUUGAGAGACAAUGUUCGAAAAAUGAUAACGUUUAAUUGUUUCGUCGUGAAGAAUUACUCUUUCGAUGUCCCUCGAGGGUCCAUGGUACCUGAGAAACCAGCAAACAGUUGCUUUCUACGGUCGCCAUUGACACCAAACGGAUCGGUGGAGCGAUCACGCCGAAAGCACUAUUGUAAAAGAGACUACUGUGCGAACAGGAGCUGUUAUUGUUACACGAAUAAAAUAAAAUCCAUAUUACACGA